AUGGCGACGGGAGGAGCUGCGUUUGAUGACUGUGCAGACGAACAGGAGCUGCAUAACUGGACCGUUACCAAUGGAAGUCUGGAGGACAGACUUAACAACAUGGACUGGGGCGUUCAGCAGAAGAAGCCUAACCGCUCCUCUGAGAAGAACAGGAAGAAGUUUUCCGCCGUGUCAGAAAGCCGGCUGACCAAUGACAUCUCUCCUGAGUCGACGCCCGGGGCAGGGAGGAGAAGGGCACGCACCCCUCACUCUUUCCCCCAUGCCAAAUACACCACCCAGAUGUCUGUGCCCGACCAGGCCGAACUGGAGCGCCUGAGACAGAGGAUCAACUUCACCGACCUAGAUGAGAGGAGCAUUGGCAGUGAUUCUCAGGGAAGAGUCACGGCUGCCAAUAACCAGAGGCAGAUGGCCGAGAACAAGAAGCCCUUCAACUUCCUACCUUUACACGUCAACACUAACAAAAGCAAGGAGCCUGUUGGUUCUGCGUCAUCUGCACCGACGGCCAAGGAGACCAAGAAACAGAGCCCAGGGAAAGAGCUCUUCUCCCCUGUGCCUGCCUCUAACAAAGACCCCUCACGACCAGACAGGCCCUCCGCAGCAGAGGACGGAGUGGGAGAGGCCAGGAUCGACAGUAGCCAGGUGGUGAGUAAACUGGUGCAGAUCCGUGAGUACAUCAGUAAGGCCAGCUCCAUGAGAGACGAGCUGGUAGAGAAGAAUGACGUGCCUGCCAACGUGGAGCGUCUCUCUCACCUCAUCGCACACCUGAAGGAGCAGGAGAAGUCUUACCUGAGGUUCCUGCAGAACAUUCUGGCGAGGGAGAAUGAUGAAGAGGAGGAGGACGGUGGCACCGUCGACUCGGCAGUCGGCUCGGGUUCGGUGGCCGAGAGCCUGUCUCUGAACAUGGAGCCGCGCUCCGAGAUCUCCGAUGCCACCGUGAGUAACCCCGCCCCGUGAGGCCCUGCCCCCCCCAGCCAGAACCCCAAGGAGGAGUUGGAGAACUUGAGGAAGCAGCAUGAGCUUUUGAAGAAGAUGCUGGAGCAGCAGGAGCAGCUCAGAGCACUGCAGGGCCGACAGGCUGCUCUACUGGCCAUGCAACACAGCGCUGAGCAGGCUCUUACAGCCAUGGACGACACGGUUGUGACUGAAACCACCGGUAGUGUGUCUGGAAUCAGUAUCACCUCAGAGCUGAAUGAUGAACUGAACGACCUGAUUCAGCGCUUCCACAACCAGCUGCAUGAUUCUCAGACCAAAGCGGUGCCAGAUAACCGGCGUCAGGCUGAGAGUCUGUCUCUGUCCAGAGAGGUGUGCAGAUCCAGGUCCUCCCAGCAGCCCCGGGGGCAGCCGGCCGCCGCCUCGUCCUCCCCCUCCUCCUCCUCCGCUGCCGCCGCCGCCAGUGCCAAACUCACCAAACUGCAGGAGCUGCAGGAUAAAAAACAGACCAUGGACAAGAUCUUACAGGAACUGCACUCGCUCCGAGACCAGACCCUCAACAACCACUCCUACAAACCCAGCCCAGGUCGUGUCGCGUCCCUCUCCUCCCCGCGGGGUUUGGGUGGGGGGCUGUCGUCAGAGCGUCCCUCUGUUUUGGGGAGGGAGGCUAACGGCGCCUCCGCUGCUAGACAGGACCCUUCAUCGUCCUCCUGCUCACAGCUGGAGGACAGCCGAGAUCCAGCGGACAAACUGAGGAAGCUGAAGGAGGUUCACAAGCGUCUGAACGAGCUGAGAGAACUGGUGCAGUACUAUGAGCAGACGUCGGACAUGAUGGUGGACACGGUUAACGAGAAUGUGAAGGAUGAGGAUGAGGAGUCAGAUGACGGCUCUAUGUUUGAGGCCAUGUUUGACUCGGAGCAGGAGAACAGAGUGCCUGUCACCAACAUCAGAAACCCAGCGCAGCCGUCUGGGAGCUGGCUGAUCCCCGGUCGCCCCGCCGCCUCCAACAACAGAGACGGCCGACUCAACACCGAGUGUGAGAUCAACAACCGCUCCGCAGCCAACCUACGCAGCCUCAACAUCCCGUCUGCUAUCGAGUGCCAGUAUAACCGACCCUACAACGAAGUGAAAGAUGACAACGACGAAGAUGGUGAUGAUGAUGAGGCCCUGGAGGAUGAAGAUGGAGCGAGGCGUGGGGGGCGGGACAGCGACGGCUCGGGUUCGAGCCGCAGGAGCAGUCUGGAUGACGAAGCAGAAUUUGCUCAGAAGGUCCAUCGCCUGCACACAGCCAAGCAGAAGCUACGGCAACUGCAGGAGCUGGUUGCCAUGGUGCAGAGUGAUGACACCGAUGCUACAACGGCCAAUGAGGAUGAGGGGGUGCAGCAACAACCCAACAACACGAGAGCCACUGCUCCCAAAGCCCAGAGAGACCUGUGUCUGUCAGACAAGGCGAGGGAGAAACUGUAUGAGGAGAAACUGAAACAGCAGCAGCAGGAGCUGAAACAACUACACGAGGAGCGCCAGCGUUUGAUGGAGAUUCAGGGAAAGAUCCAGGACCUGAAGUGGGCAUGCCCAGACCUGCAGUCGUCUGUGUCCAGCACCGUGAGCGGUCAGGUGUUAAGGAAGACUCCUGCGGCAGCCUCCACUCCAGCCACCAUGUCGGGCCCCUCCACGUCUGCCAAAACCAACGGUGCCACACUCAAACCCACCGCAGAGGUCACCACAGCCUCUGUCCCUGACAACGAGCUGUGGUCUGAAAUGCGGAGGCACCAGGUGCUGCGUGAGGAGCUGAGACAGAGGAGGAAACAUCUAGAAAGUCUGAUGGCCGAGCAACAGAGACGCAGUGUACUGAGUGACACUGCCCCCUACAGGAACGACUCAGUCCAUGCAGCACAGUCCUUCAGCCGCGACGAGAGAACCAUGGCAACGUGGGGCGGGUCCACUCCCUGCCACCUGGACGAGGAUGAGGACGGCUACUCCUCAGAGAUCGGCGGAGAGGAGGAGGAGGAGGAGGAAGACGAGGAGGAAGAUGGAGCUGAGUCCAGCUCCACGGAUGAGCUUCAUGCUUACUCUAACACCAAGCAGCACAACUACAGCAAUAACAAGAACAGAGAGAGUGGGAACGCGGCGUCUGGGUUCCCCGGCAGUGAGAGCGGCAGUCGCCUGUCUCCGCGCGUGAGAGGCCGAUCCCGUCAGCACAGAGGAGGGAGAAGAGUGAGGAGGCAGGAGAACCUGCGCUGGCCGUCUGAGCUCUCCUUCUCAGAGGGCUCCCGACACUGGCAGGAACAGGUCAACCAGCUCCAGAAACAACUGGACUUCAGCACCAGCAUGUGUCAGACACUACUGCAGGACCAGCAGACUCUGUCUUAUAUGUUGCAGAGUGUGUUGACGGGACCGUAUAACGUCAUGCCCAAUAACAUGGCCCCUCCUCAGCUCCACCUCAUCAUGCACCAGCUUAACCAGUGCUAUACGCAACUGGCAUGGCAACAGAGCAACGUCCAGAGGUUGAAACUGGUCCUGAGUGACGUGCUCCGUCAGCAGCACCAGCAGGCGUCAGUGCAUCAGCAGCCCGUCUCAGCCCAGGACUCCGUCUCCCCUUCUGUCUUUAUGCCCUUCACCACACUACAGCCUCCCCCUACUGUAAACCCCCUCAACAUGCCCGGGCUCGCCUCCUUCACGCCCCUCUCCAAUGGUUUUAAUUUCACCCCCCUGUUCCCCUCAGCCGCUGAGUUCCCUCAGAACCCAGGAUCUCAGGCCAGUCCCGAUCCACAGCAGCACGACCCAAACAUCUCUGUCAAAACGGAGUAUAUGAGUUUCCCUCCUCCACUACAGAGGUCACCUCUCAAUCCCAACGACAAACGGCCUCAGACUCAGGGUGAGGAAUUGUCCGACCUGCAGGCUUCUGGCUGGUCCAACCUGUCUCUGAACAAUCGUACGGAGCAGCAGGGUCCUCCUGCUCCCUCAGAGCGCCUCCCCCAGCAGGUCCCGCCGCAGGAGCAUCAGCAGCAGUCCGUCACCUCCUCCCCUGCUCCCCCGCACGCCGGCCGGGCCUACGUGCCGGAUUCGCAGGAGUCUUUGAGCAGCAUCCCGGACCCGGCGGACCCCACCACCGUCACCAAGACCUUCAGGGCCGGACGCAAAGCCUCCGCCCAGGCCAGUCUGGCCUCCAAAGACAAGACGCCCAACGCCAAGAGCAGGCGCAAGAGGAGGAAGGGCCCCAAACAACAGCCCAUGGGUGAGACCGUCUUCAGGGUUAGCGAAUGGUGUUACUUGGAGAGGAGUAAAUGCUAUUUGGUCACUGAACCUGUGUCUCCUGUGUGCUGUUCAGGCCUGGAGUGUAACAGUUUAUCAAGCACGGGGCCGGUGAGUCAGGAGAAGUCCGGAGGCCACGCCCCGCCGCCCAGACACAGAGACCACAACCAGAGUCUGCUGGACAAACUCACACAGGAGAAACUGGACAGCAAGGCCAAGAGCAGCAAGCCCAACGACCUCUCCUCAGCGUAUGCUUGGAGAACACCCUUCCUCUCUAACAGAAUUGCAUGCACUGAAGCUCCAGAUGCCAGCAGUGACUUCUCUCUGUUUGAGGCUCUGAGAGAAACCAUCUACUCUGAGGUGGCCACACUCAUCUCUCAGAACGAGUCCCGCCCUCACUUUCUCAUCGAGCUCUUCCACGAACUACAGCUGCUCAACACCGACUACCUGCGUCAGAGAGCCCUCUACUCACUGCAGGACAUCGUGACGCGGCACCUGACCGAGAAGAGUGGAGCUGAUGACCAGUCUUCUUCCAUGGGCCCGCUGGUCUGGGCCGGCGGCUCCCAGUCCGAGCUCACGCCGAGCGAGAGCCUGGCCACCAGCGACGCGGACACUGAGAGAAACACAGAGCUGAAACGCGGCACAGGGAACAGGAGACAGGUGGACGGAGACUCGAUGGACAAUGAAAGCCUCAUGUCCAUUUCCUCCACCCUGGAGCCUUUUGCCAGCGAUGAUUUAGGUAACACAGUGAUUCAUAUAGAUAAGGCUCUGGCACGGAUGCGGGAGUAUGAGCGUAUGAAGCUUAAGGUAGCUUAUAACGGCGCCUCUGCUGCCACUGACCCCUCUAACACUGACAGCUCUGCUACUGUUUCCCCUGCCACUGCAGCUGCCGCCUCAGGACCUGUGGAAGGGCGAGGACAUGCCUCUGGGGACGUGCGCUGUCCUCAAAUUGACACCCAGCAGUUGGACAGACAGAUUAAAGCUAUAAUGACCGAGGUCAUCCCCUUCCUCAAGGAGAACAUGGAGGAAGUGUGCUCCCCACAGCUGUUAACCACAGUCAGACGCAUGGUUCUCACUCUAACGCAGCAGAACGAUGAAAGCAAAGAGUUUGUGCGUUUCUUCCACAGACAGCUGGGAGGAAUCCUACAGGACUCUCUGAGUAAGUUUGUGGGUCGGACGCUGCAGGAGUGUGGGGAGGAUCUGCUGGUGGAGACGUCAGAGAUCCUCUUCAACGAGCUGGCUUUCUUCAGACUAAUGCAGGACCUAGACAACAACAGCGCCCAUGUCAGACACAGGAACAAGAGGAGAGGAGACCCUGCGUCCACAAAGCUGUCCCUCAGGACUGAGGAGAAAACAUCGGGGGAAAGCGACAAGACGUUCUCUCCGUCUCUGUUUGAUGAAGAUAAAGACAGAGACGAGACGGAGCAGGGAGGGGCCUCAGGCGGAUCUGAGAGAGAGGAACGGCAGACGAACGGCAAAGACGGACAGAACAGCCAGGUCUCUGAGAUGGACGAGGAAGAGGAGGAGGAUGAAGAGGGAAAGGGACUCCCCCUGUCCAUAAGCCUGUCUAAAGCGGAGACACAGGCGCUGACCAACUACGGCAGUGGAGAAGAUGAGAACGAGCUGGAGGAGGAGGAGGAGUUUGAGGCAGGCCCUGUGGAGGUGCAGACCUCCCUCCAGGCCAGCACUGACACUACUGCUGAACACAAACAGUGCGGCGCUGGCUUGAGAGACGGUGGAAGCGAAGAAGUCCAGGCGGCUGAAGAGAAGUCAGAGGACGGUGAAGUGAAGAACACUAAAUCAGAACCCACAGAGGAGGUGGAUUCUCCUGGGGAGGAACGGGAGAGACAGGAGUCGCGUCCAGAAACGCAGGAGCGCUCAGCUGUCAGAGACAGAGACAGGGAGAAGGCCUCCACUGCCUCCACCUCCCAAACCAGCCCCCAGGGUUCAGGCACGGGCAGCCCUGACACCGACUCCCCCGUCAUCAUCAACACCGAGGAGGUAGGGUCUGGAAACACGAGUCAGAGGUCAGAUGAAGAGGACUUUGUCAAAGUGGAGGACUUGCCGCUGCAGCUGUCUGUGCUGUGUGAGGAGGAGCUGAGAAACAGGAUCACUGAGGAGCAGAGGAAUAAUAGCCUGACCUCGGAGAUCCUGAACGGGAACGCAGACGCACUGACAGGACUGGUGGGCAACAGCCAGUUACUCAAAGAGCCUGAAACGGUUGGAGCGCAGAGUGCCUGAAGAAUGGGAGGCGUCGUUGUUUUUGAUUGCUUCCUGUUGAGGAGGCCGUCUCUAUGCUGAUGCUGUAAAAAUAAUCCUCUCUGUACAGAGUUUCACUAUGGCUUCUCUGGUUAAGAUGCCUGCGCACUGACGUUAAAGCCAGGCCUUCUGUUUUAACAUGUCGCUGUGUUCCAGUGACACAUGCCAAGCUUCACACUCACUGUUCAGGUGAUGACAAAACAAACAAACAAACAAACAAAAAGCCUAUUUAUCUGUCUGUGUACCAUGAGUUGGUUUUAUCUGAAGCGUUUUAUACUGGUUUGAGGUUGAAGAAGCUGGAGGUAGAAGGGGCU